AAAUCUAAAAUUUUACUGUAACUAGUGAACUCCGUUAUAAAUGAGGCUACGCAAGGAAUUUCCUCACGACAAACAAAAGUCAUCUUAUACAGACACUCCCACCAAGGGAAUUCCUCGCCGAGGAAUCUCGCCGUCGAGGCUGCAGAUAGAGGUCUCUGUUGAUGGCGGGACAGUCAAGAAAAUGGAUGAUAUUAGUGGCCACAAUUUGGAUUCAAGCCUUCACGGGAACGAACUUUGAUUUUUCAGCGUAUUCAUCGGAUUUGAAAUCCGUGUUGGGGAUUUCGCAAGUGCAGUUAAAUUACUUGGCGACGGCCUCUGAUUUAGGAAAAGUUUUCGGGUGGUCUUCAGGAUUGGCGCUCAUGUAUUUGCCCUUGUGGGUCGUUCUUUUCAUGGCGGCUUUUAUGGGAUUCUUUAGUUACGGUCUUCAAUGGCUUGUUAUCAGAAACGCUAUCUCUUUGCCUUAUAUUCUGGUUUUUCUUCUAUGUUUGUUAGCUGGAUACAGCAUCUGUUGGUUCAACACUGUGUGUUACGUUCUUUGCAUCAGAAAUUUCCCUGCCAAUCGAACUCUAGCUCUCUCACUUACAGUCAGCUUCAAUGGAGUGAGUGCAGCCUUAUAUUCUCUUGCUGGCAAUGCAAUCAACUCUUCAUCAAGUUCAAUAUAUCUCCUUUUAAACGCUUUUGUUCCUCUUAUAAUUUCUGUUGCAGCCCUCAUUCCAAUUCUUCGCCAGCCAUCUUUAGACCCUCUUCCCCCAGAUGGAGUUAAACGCGACUCUCUUAUUUUUCUCAUGUUGAAUUUCGUCGCUGUUCUCACUGGAGUUUAUCUCCUCCUCUCUGGCUCAACCUCAUCAGGUGCAACAGCUCGUCUUCUCUUCGCUGGAGCCCUUUUUCUUCUUGCUUUUCCACUGUUUAUCCCCGGUAUAAUAUAUGCUCGAGGCUGGUUUUGUCGUACCAUCUACUCUCGCAUCGAAGGCUCUGGCUUCAUUCUUGUUGAUGUUGAUGAUCUCGAGCUGCAUAGAGAGCUCCUUGUUCAGGAGGCAAGUAGCCUUGGAAAUGGUCUUCUUUUAAGCGACAACGGUGUAUCUAAUUAUAGUAUUACUGAACAGAAGAGCGCUGAGAGUGGUGGCUGCUGCCAAACAGUGCUGCAGAAGGAUCAAUUAGCAAUGCUUGGAGAGGAGCACCCGGCUAAAUUGCUUCUGCGAAGACUGGAUUUUUGGCUGUAUUAUAUUGCAUAUUUUUGUGGGGGAACCAUUGGCCUUGUUUACAGUAACAAUCUCGGACAAAUUGCGGAAUCUCGAGGACAAAGUUCCAGCACCACCACUCUUGUUACUCUCUAUUCUUCCUUCUCCUUCUUUGGCCGUCUGCUUUCUGCUGCACCAGACUACAUUAGAGCUAAGAUGUAUUUUGCAAGAACAGGAUGGCUGGCGAUUGCACUAUUGCCAAUGCCGGUGGCCUUCUGUUUGCUAGCGGUAUCCGGGCAGUCAAUGGCAUUGCAUGUAGGCACAGCUGUAAUUGGGUUGAGUUCUGGGUUCAUAUUUGCCGCUGCAGUUUCAAUUACAUCAGAAUUGUUUGGACCAAACAGCGUAGGAGUCAAUCACAACAUUCUGAUCACCAACAUCCCAGUUGGCUCACUUGUUUAUGGACUUCUUGCUGCGAUAGUUUAUGAUGCCAAUGUGGAGUCUGGCCUUAAAGAUUUCAUCACAGACUCAAUGGUGUGCAUGGGGAGACUCUGUUAUUUCUUCACAUUUGUGCUGUGGGGAUGCCUAUCUCUUCUGGGUUUAGUCUCUAGUGUCCUUUUGUUUCUAAGGACUAGGUCUGCUUACGAUCGUUUUGAAAGAAAUCGUCUAACACAAUUGUAUUAACAUAGAUCAAUCAAGUUAAAUCAUAGAUUUGAUCAGGGGGUAGUGGAUUUGGAAGGGAGACUUUACAUGUAUAGAUACAUCCAACCCAAAAUUAAACAAACUAAAAACAAUCUUGUAUAGCCUAUUAAGGAUAGUUACAAAAAGUUUCAUUGUUGAUACAAA